AUGAUCUUCAGCAAUAGAGAAAACUUUGAAUUUAACUAAUAAAAUAUAAUGAAGGGAUAUUAGGCUAAAUUUGAAACUUACUGUUCCUAACUAUAGGAAAAUUUAUAGGUAUUAACAAUUCAUUCAUGCAUUUAGUCUUCAUUCAAUAGAAUUGAUGUUUUACUUGAUUAAACUAUGGAUGAUAUUGAAUAGUUGUUUAAUUAAAGAUUUCAACAAUAACAAUAAUAAUAAUAAUAAUAAUCAGAAAAUAUUUAAUAAAAUAGUUCAUAUUGUUAUAACCAAAUAUAAACAAUUAAUAAUUUAAUAAUUAAUUGAUUCAUUAAGUAACAUCUUUAAUAAAGGUUUCUAUUGAUAAUCAAAUAAAAAAGAAAGAAGAAUAUCUAAAUUAAGAAUUCAAGAAAUAAUUUAAUCAAAUUUAUGGAAAAGAAAAGAUUCAAAAAUAAUCAUUACAAGAAACAAAUAAAGAUAAAGAUUUAUAAUUAUAAUCAUAGAAUUUAUAAUAAAUUUAAACUUAAUAACCAAUUAUUCAAUCAUCUCUUUAAUUAAUACUAAAACCAUUCACUUAUAAUAUUAUACACAAUAAUUCAAUUAAAUAACAUUAACCUUGUUAUGCAAUAGCUAUUAAUAAAGAUUGUUCAAUUGUAAUAGCUGGAUGUGAAAAACAAAUUAAAGUAUUUCAAUUCAAAUAAGAAAUGUUGAAAUAAACUCAACUUCUAACUGAACAUUAAAAUGUUGUAAACACUUUGAAUUUUAUGAAUAAAUCUAAUCACUUUAUAUCUGAAAGUGAUGAUAAUUCAAUUAUAAUAUGGUCUAUGAAUUAAAACAAUUAAUGGAUUUGCUAAUAGAAAUUAAAUGGACAUAAUAAUUCGAUAUAUUGUUUAGUGUAUAAUAAUAAUACUGAAGAUUUGAUCAUCUCAGGUAGUAGUGAUAGAACUAUUAAAUUUUGGAAGAAGUAGAAUCAAUGGCUAUGUUAAUAAACUAUCACAGAUCAUACUAGUUGUGUAUUAGGAUUAAGUUUGAAUUAACAAUAGAAUAAAGUGAUUUCAUGUGGUGAAGAUAAAUAAAUAUUAAUAAUAGAAUAAUCAUAAUAGGAUUCUAAAUGGAUUGUAAUCUAAAAGAUAAUGGUUGAGAAAUAUGGUAAGAGAAUAUGCUUUAUAAAUGAUAAUCUAUUCACAUUUUAACCAUCAGCAAUAAAAUAAAUGUACGCUUAUGAAAUGAAUAAUACUAAUAAAUAGUAUUUAAAGACUAAAGAUAUUCUUGUUAAAUGUGGUAGAUAUGUUUAUGAUUUAUUUCCUUAACAGCAUAUAAAAUCAAAAAGCCUGCUUGUAAAUAGAUAUGGCUUUUAUGUGAAUUUGAUAAGGACAACAGAAAAUGGUGAGUUUAAAACUGAAUAAUCCAUUGAAUUUGGAAGUUCUGAUAUAUAUGGAUGUAUAAGUGAUGAUGCUUAGUAUUUAAUAACUUGGGAUAAUGAUUCAAAAGAAAUUCAGAUUAGAAAAUAUAUUGAAAUAUGA